AGAUAAUUUUGAAGUAACAAGCGAUUCGAUAAUGGGAGGAGGAUUUAGAGUUUUGCAUUUGGUGAGGCCAUUCUUGGCUUUUCUUCCAGAAGUUCAAAGUGCUGAUAGGAAGAUUCCAUUUAGAGAGAAAGUAAUCUACACUGUCAUUUCUCUCUUCAUUUUCCUUGUCUGUAGUCAGCUUCCUCUCUAUGGGAUUCAUUCUACCACCGGUGCUGAUCCUUUCUAUUGGAUGCGUGUCAUUCUUGCUUCGAACCGUGGGACGGUGAUGGAGCUCGGUAUUACUCCUAUUGUUACGUCUGGACUUGUGAUGCAACUCUUAGCAGGGUCAAAGAUUAUUGAGGUUGACAACAAUGUCCGUGAGGAUCGUGCUCUCUUGAAUGGUGCUCAGAAGCUUCUUGGGAUUCUGAUUGCUAUUGGUGAGGCUGUUGCGUAUGUUCUUUCGGGAAUGUACGGUCCUGUUGGUCAGCUCGGUGUUGGAAAUGCUAUUCUGAUCAUCCUCCAGCUUUUCUUUGCCGGAAUUAUCGUUAUCUGUCUCGAUGAGCUUCUUCAGAAGGGAUAUGGUCUUGGCUCUGGGAUCUCUCUUUUCAUAGCAACUAAUAUCUGUGAAAGCAUUAUCUGGAAAGCAUUUAGCCCCACAACAAUCAACACCGGUCGUGGAGCUGAGUUUGAAGGCGCUGUGAUUGCGUUGUUCCAUAUGCUGAUAACUAAGUCCAAUAAGGUUGCUGCGCUCAGACAAGCUUUUUACCGGCAGAACCUUCCGAAUGUUACCAACUUGCUUGCAACAGUCUUGAUCUUCUUGAUUGUUAUCUACUUCCAAGGCUUCCGUGUUGUGUUGCCCGUGAGAUCAAAGAGUGCUCGUGGCCAACAGGGUUCUUACCCGAUCAAGCUGUUCUACACCUCCAACAUGCCAAUCAUUCUCCAGUCUGCUCUCGUCUCAAACCUCUACUUCAUCUCUCAGCUUCUCUACAGGAAGUUCAGUGGAAAUUUCUUUGUAAACCUAUUGGGACAGUGGAAAGAAUCAGAGUACAGUGGACAAUCUAUACCAGUUAGUGGUCUUGCAUACUUAAUCACAGCUCCGGCAAGUUUUGCCGAUAUGGCAGCUCAUCCAUUCCAUGCUCUGUUCUAUAUCGUCUUCAUGCUCACUGCUUGCGCCCUAUUCUCAAAGACCUGGAUUGAAGUCUCCGGGUCUUCUGCUAGAGAUGUAGCUAAGCAGCUCAAGGAACAACAAAUGGUGAUGCCGGGACACAGAGAGUCUAACUUACAGAAGGAGCUGAACCGGUACAUCCCAACAGCAGCUGCAUUUGGAGGAGUGUGCAUCGGUGCGCUCACUGUUUUGGCUGAUUUCAUGGGAGCAAUUGGAGGGCAUGUACAACGGUCAACGGCCGCUGCUCAGCCGUCGGCUGGGAUCGAGACCUCAAUUACUGCUCCAACGGCGGCGGCUGGCGUCAAGGUUGAUGAUGCACUUGAGAGGGCGAAGGUGGCCUAUGCGAAGCAUCAGAAGAGGAUGAUGUUCGAGGAACUGCUUAAUAUGGACAAGAGUGGAGUAAAAGAGACAAUAGAUCAGUACAAGAGUGUAGAGCUGAGCUAUGUUUCCGUCACCAAAUCAGAUCUCCAUCAAUGGGCUAAGCGUCUCGACAAGCAGGGCAAAUAUGAACACGCCCUCGCGAUAUUUGAGUGGAUGGAUGGAAAGAAAAUGUCUUUUACUAGCAACCAGUUUGCGGAGUAUGUGGCUCUUAUUGCCGAGACUAAAGGCAUGGCAGCCGCUAGACGCUACUUCAAGAAAGUAGACCCAAACUUCAACCGGAUGGACAGUAAUUGCAAGAAUUGGCCUGCUUUCCAGAAGCUCCUUAGAUUUAGACAUGAAAGCCUCGAAAAGAAGGAUGUAAUGUUUCUCAAUUACGUAGGCAAAAUACGCCCUAGAAGUGGUGUAUGAUCGUGGCCUUGUAGUAAGGUUGGUUUGGUUGGUGUGUAAUUAAUAAUGAAUAAACCACUCUUCUGGUUUCAGAUUUCCUCUUUGCCUUCUUAAUAUAUUCUGAGUUCUAUU